GGCCUCCAUCGGGCUCUCCAUCGUUCCCGGUGUCCGCCAUGUCCAUCUCCACCCCCCCCAGCAGCAACGACGCGUGUCUGAGCAUCGUGCACAGCUUAAUGUGCCACAGACAGGGAGGAGAGAGCGAGACCUUCGCCAAACGAGCCAUCGAGAGCCUCGUUAAGAAGCUGAAGGAGAAGAAAGACGAGCUGGAUUCUCUCAUCGCCGCCAUUACGACCAACGGGGCUCACCCGAGUAAAUGCGUGACUAUACAACGUACAUUAGACGGGAGGCUGCAGGUGGCUGGGAGGAAAGGGUUCCCCCAUGUGAUCUAUGCGAGGUUAUGGAGGUGGCCCGACCUGCAUAAGAAUGAGUUGAAGCACGUCAAGUAUUGUCAGUACGCGUUUGAUCUCAAGUGUGACAGUGUGUGUGUCAACCCGUAUCAUUACGAGAGGGUGGUGUCGCCUGGGAUCGAUCUAUCGGGCCUGACCCUACAGAGCAACGCCCCGUCCAGUUUAUUAGUGAAGGACGAAUACGUGAGCGACUACGACGGCCAACAGGCCCCAAUAGGAUCCAAUGAGGCUCAUUCGCUUCAGACCAUCCAACACCCGGCUCAAGGUCGGGCUCCAAGCGAGGCCUACAACCAACAGACGGAGCCUGGAACCGAGGCCUACAACCAACAGACGGAGCCUGGAACGUCCGGCUUCACUUCCAUCCCUGUGGCGUCUACCAGCAAUGGCUCGUGGAGCGGCGCAGCGCGGACCCCGUACCCACAGCAUCACAACGGGCACCUCCAGCACCACCCGCCCCUGCACUACUGGCCCGUUCAUAACGAACUGAGCUUCCAACCUCCCAUCUCCAACCACCCCGCCCCAGAAUACUGGUGUUCUAUCGCCUACUUCGAGAUGGACGUUCAGGUCGGGGAGACCUUUAAGGUCCCGUCCAGUUGCCCCGUGGUGACGGUCGAUGGAUACGUGGAUCCGUCGGGGGGGGAUCGGUUCUGUCUGGGCCAGCUGUCCAACGUGCACCGCACCGAGGCCAUCGAGAGAGCAAGGUUACACAUCGGGAAGGGGGUUCAGCUGGAGUGUAAAGGGGAAGGGGACGUGUGGGUCAGGUGCCUGAGCGACCACGCCGUGUUCGUGCAAAGCUAUUACCUGGAUAGGGAAGCGGGAAGGGCGCCGGGGGACGCCGUGCAUAAGAUCUACCCUAGUGCUUAUAUUAAGGUGUUUGACUUACGGCAGUGCCAUAGGCAGAUGCAGCAGCAGGCCGCCACGGCUCAGGCUGCGGCUGCGGCUCAGGCCGCUGCUGUAGCCGGGAACAUUCCGGGUCCAGGCUCCGUGGGUGGCAUCGCGCCGGCUAUUAGCCUGUCAGCAGCGGCUGGCAUUGGCGUAGACGACCUUCGGCGCCUGUGCAUCCUACGCAUGAGCUUCGUGAAGGGCUGGGGCCCCGACUACCCGCGGCAGAGCAUCAAGGAGACGCCGUGUUGGAUCGAGAUCCACCUGCACCGCGCCCUGCAGCUCCUGGACGAGGUGCUGCACACCAUGCCCAUCAACGACCCGCAGCCCUUGGAUUAACCCUAUAGGGAUAUAUAUACCCUAUUAGAUCCUACUUAUCUUCUAUUUAGGGUUUCGGGUUCUCUUGAGCUGAUAUGGGGUGGGAUGGGGGCAAUAAAGUGCUUUGGGUUCAUGA